UCCACUUUUGUAUUUUUGUAGGAACCCUGCUCGUAUGCAACAGUCAAACAAAACCAUUGUUGAGGGUACUUGUAACACAUCUGCCAUCUCGGCUUGAUCGACCACUCUACCUCCUCUGCACACUUGCUCCUCUCCCGGCGAGCUCUUUCACGAUCUCUUUGUUCGGCGAAAUCCAGCUGUUCUUCUAAGAUAGAGUGUUGGUCCAGUUCGCAGUUCUUAUAACAUGAAUUAUAUAAUUGGAGCGUUCAAGCCAGCAUGCAACAUCUCAAUCACAUUUUCUGAUGGGAAAUCCCGGAAACCGGUUCCGUUGAAGAAGGAAAAUGGUCAAACUGUUAUGGUCCCACUUUUCCAUAGUCAAGAAAACAUUGUUGGCAAGAUUUCUGUAGAGCCAGUAUCAGGAAAGAAGGUUGAACAUAAUGGAAUCAAAGUUGAGCUUCUUGGCCAGAUAGAAAUGUACUUUGACAGGGGAAACUUUUACGACUUCACAUCCCUUGUUCGAGAAUUGGAUGUUCCUGGUGAAAUUUAUGAAAGGAAAACAUAUCCUUUUGAGUUUUCAACUGUUGAAAUGCCCUAUGAAACGUAUAAUGGUGUUAAUGUCCGACUUAGGUAUAUCCUUAAAGUUACCAUCACCCGUGGUUAUGCUGGUAGCAUAGUUGAAUGUCAAGACUUUGUGGUGCGCAACUACAGCCCACCUCCUUCAAUCAACAAUAGUAUUAAGAUGGAAGUCGGAAUUGAAGAUUGCCUUCAUAUUGAGUUCGAGUACAAUAAAAGCAAGUAUCAUCUGAAAGAUGUUAUCAUAGGAAAAAUAUAUUUUCUUCUUGUAAGAAUUAAGAUUAAGAACAUGGAUCUUGAGAUCAGACGCCGAGAAUCAACAGGUUCUGGGGCAAAUACCCAUGUUGAAACGGAAACGCUGGCCAAGUUUGAGUUGAUGGAUGGUGCUCCCGUCAGAGGCGAAUCAAUACCCAUUAGACUCUUCCUUAGUCCAUAUGAACUGACUCCAACAUAUCGUAAUAUCAACAACAAAUUUAGUGUGAAAUACUAUCUGAAUCUUGUUCUUGUUGAUGAAGAGGACCGUCGGUACUUCAAGCAGCAAGAGAUCACUAUGUUCCGCCUAGCAGAAACUUCCGUAAUAAAUCAAGCUGUUGGCGCUUGAGAAUGGCUUAUUGCCUUGCUAUUCUGCCUCGAUCUUUGUAUUCUGAGAUAUCUUUAUGCGCUUGAGAUGGCCAUUCUACAAAGGUGCUGAAAUGACUUUUUAUUGGUAGAUUGCGGUAUCUGGGAGAACAUACUUGCAAUUUGUAUAGAGUAGGCAGUUGUGUACAUGAAUAUUGAAGUUGGAAUCUCUAGUUGAUGUUUUUGAGGAACACUGGGUCAAAGGGACAAGGGAUUAAGUUAAACCGCAAUAAGGAAACCUAAUUUAGCUCGUUGUACUUUGUAUUGCAUUGGAUGUUUAUCUUGAUUGCUUCUUCUUUUGUUGCUCUAAGGGUUUUAUUGUAUUUUUGCUGCUUUUCUCCGAUAAUGACAUGAGUGACUUAUCAUUGAUUCCUCUA